AUGUCUUUGCUUAAGAAUGAUGAGGGCGAUUUUGUCCUUCCUGACAAAGAGCAUGAAGUUUCGCCAUGCAGCAGCAAUACUAUAACCAUGAAGCCCGGUUUGGAGCACCCUAUGGAGGCCAAGAUUGUCAGAAAAAUGGAUAUUUACCUCUUGCCUCCCCUCUGUCUUCUUUAUUUCUUAUCAAAUUUAGAUAAGUCCAAUAUUGGUAAUGCUGCAAUUGCUGGAUUACCAGAAGAUUUGAAUCUUGUAGGGAAUCAAUAUGGUAACUGUGUGACGGUCUUUUUUGCAACAUAUAUUCUGGUUGAUCCAAUUGGUGGAAAUCUAUUGAAUAUUCUAGGAGCGCCAGUUAUGAUGUCUGCUUGUGUUAUUGGUUUUGGUGCUAUUUCACUUUGUACUGCAUGGGUAAAAAAUUAUGGACAACUUUUGGCGAUGAGGCUUAUACUUGGAUUAUUUGAAGGUAAUAUUUACCCAUCUAUUAAUAUGUACUUGACAAUGUGCUAUCGUCGGGAGCAAUAUGCAAAGAGAUUUGCAUUCGUGUUCUUUGCGGCAUGUAUCUCAUCUUCUUUUGGAGGUUUGAUUUCAUACGCUUGCAGCAAAAUUGUAGGUUCAUUGAGUGCCUGGCAAUAUAUUUUCAUAGUCGAGGGCUCUAUCACACUUGCAGUCGUUCCAUUAUAUAUCUUUGGACUAAGCAGAAAUUUGGAAGAUGCAUGGUUUUUUAACGAAGAAGAGAGAGAAUACAUUAUAGCGCGCCAUGAUACCAUCGAAACAUUUAAUCCAAAAGAAAAAUUUAGUUGGAUUCAGGUAUGGUUUGCAGUUAAGGAUAUUAAAACGUGGAAUUCAGCAAUUGCGUUAUUCUGUAUUGACUUAACGGCAUUUGGAUUAACUGUUUUUAUGCCAAUUAUAAUUUCUGGUAUGGGCUUUACUUACAUCAAAGCUCAGCUGAUGACUGUUCCAGUAUACUUUGUAACAGCUACAACCUUCUUUAUUUGCUCAUAUUUCUCCGACAGGUUUAGAGUUAGGUCUCCAUUUAUUAUAGGUUCAUGUAUCACUUGUGCAAUUGGUCUUGCAAUAGUGGUCGCUUCCGACCUAAAUGGUGUGCGUCUCUUGGGGAUUUUUAUUCUAGCUCUCGGUAUAUAUGUUAAUGCAGCUACGAACUGCCUAUGGUUAAGUGGAAAUAAUGGGAACUAUUAUAAACGUGCUACAGCAUUGGGAAUUAAUUUAUUCUGUGGUUCGUCGUCAGGAUUAGUUUCUGGUCAAAUAUUUACUAGUAAAGAUAAACCCCGCUAUCAUAAGGGUUUGUCAAUUUGCUUAGCGCUUCAAAUUGUAGCAGCCGUAUUAACUGCUGUCCAGGUAUGGUUGUACUAUCGUUUAAACAAGCAAAAGAAGGAGCAGUUACAAGAAUGCUUGGAAAAAGACGAGGAACCAUCUUAUGAUGAGAAACUAAGCGAUAUGAAUCCGCAAUUCCGUUACAUGUAUUGA